AUGUACAACCAAGUAGUAGCCGAUGCCAAUCAACCUCAAUUACAUCCACUUACGUUAUCACUUAUCGACGAACAGGAUCAAACCGGUGACCUUGACCUGGAAAUCAGCCACGAAAACGCAGCCUCCUCAGUAUCGUCACUCUUUUCGAUAUCUUCAAGGACUUCAGAAAACGGUCACUUGAACACUCCUGCUGCUGGAAACCAAGAGCAACUCAAUAACCAACCGGCAUCCCAGGAGUUAGAACGAUGGGUGAGAGUUAAUGGUUCCUUGGACGGUACAGUCGUGGAUGAAGGUAACCUCGUCAGUGAGCAUCGAAUGCGACAUGGGCGGGUUACUGGUCUGGAAUGGACUACAAUGGUACAAGAAACAGACAGUGGCUUGGGAAGUUUUCGGUUUUUCACUGGUUCAUCCACUUCAGAUGUGGCAGAUGCUGAGUUGUCAAUACGACGGGAUUCGCCACCGUACGUCUCAUUAGCUCCGAUCGAGGCUUCGCAUAGCUUUGGACAAGCAACUCAUUCCGUUCACCCUUCUGGGCGUUUCCAGUCUGAUUCCUACCAAAUUACUGGUCGUCUACAUUAUGCAGACGACCUGAACACAACCAACCAAAAGUACCCCUCUGAUGAUAUGGCUCAACGUACGCCAACCAAAUCGUUCUACGAGGCUAACCCUGCACAUCCGGUGUUCCCAGUACUUUCCAGAAAUUUGUCUAUGGAAGAGCCAUUAAGACCUAAUUACUCAAGUUUUGAAGAGCCGCGUUCUAAUAGAUUUAUUACAUCCUACAGUCAGCCAACACAUACUAACCACACACCUUCUAGACGCGGUCAGGACAUAGAUACAACCACUCUGUCACCGGCCUCUCCCCUCUCUGCUCUGGAACUGACCGGUGACGUACGGACAGUGAACAUGCAUGCACUAGACCAGUUGCCCCUAAGAACGUGGUUGUGA